AUGGAUCCUAUACAAUGGUCGGUUGGACUGGCCAAGCUAAUUAAUUUUCGUCCAUUCCGGAGCCAGGAUUUGGUGCCAAGGAAUAUAUAUAUACCGGUGAUAUGCAUCAAAACCUCAACAGUAAUCAAUCAGCCAUCAAACGACGAACACAUGUCUGCCUGCAGUAGAAGCCAUACAAGCCAUCAAGCCUGCAUUAUCAUGGAAAAAGCUUGCUCGCUGUUGAACAUGGUGUUUAUACACUGA